AUGUGUGAAGAAAAUAACAGCGAAAACAAAGAAUGGAUUCACAUGUUUGAUAAAGUUGAAUGUUAUGAAUUCAGCGAAUUCGAAAACACCGAAUUCAUUAACAUCUGUGCUCAUGGGUUGUCGUGUCGUGCAUUUUGGCCUCGAAAAGAAAUCGAAGUCUCGCUUUUGGCAUAUGAAGAUUUUGGAUUGGGUGAAUCUAGUGACUUUGAUAAAUUGUUUGAAAAAAAAAAACUCGCAGAAAAAUUGGAAAAAUUGAAUCAUCGAAACUUGUUAAGAUUGUUAGGCUAUGCACAAGAUGGCUUUAGAUUAUUUUUAAUUAUGGAAAAAUUCGAAAUAUCUCUUGCGCAAUAUUUGAAAGAGAAUGAGAAUUUAUUGAAUCAAGAUUUUGCAAUUUCUGUAGCUAAAGAACUCGUUUCUGGUCUAAUCUAUUUGGAAGCAAAUUACGAGAUUCAGAAUCUGAAUAUGAUGAAUAUUUGGAUGGAUAAAAAUAUACCGAAAUUCGCCUACUUGCAUUUGAUUCAAACUUCUCUCGACAUCCCAAAUCCCGAAAUAAAUUUUUAUGAUUAUCUCAAAUUUAUCGAUCCGAACUUCAUCAAGGAUCCAAAUUUUGUUUGCGAUAAACGAUCCAACUUGUUCAGUCUCGGUAUCAUUCUCGCGUCACUUGCUGGAAUUUCAGUAUAUGAUUCUGACGAUCCAGAACAAUUUAUACUCGAUGUUUAUAAUGAAAAGUUUCAUUGGAACACUAAUAUGAUAUCCGUUGCAUAUGUUCAGCUCUGCCGACGAUGUUGCGCAUCAGAUCCUGAUUUAAGACCAAGUUUUAAUGAAGUUCUUUUCACACUUGAAAAUUUGGAAACACAUAUUAAUCAUGUUAAAACAAACGUGCCUGAAUUAAAUGUAUAUCCACAAGGAACGGAAAAAUUGGAGGAAUCGUCCGAGUCAAUGCUUCCCUCAUUUAUAAACUUGGCGAAAGUCUUAACGGAAGAUGAAUACGAGAUUCUGGAAAGCACCUUAAAGACAUUUGAUAAAUACACAAGAAUUUUCGGAGACGACAAUAAAGUAAUGAAGAAAAUAGAAGAACACCUCACAGCAUUAAAUCAAUCUCUGCGUAAUUUUACAUACAUUUUGAAGAAAUUACGUUUCCUACCAAAAUGUGCCUGCUUAUUCGGCUUCUUUAAUCAAGUCGGUCCCACAAUUGAUUAUAAUCAAGCAAUUUACUGGUACAAAGUCGCAACAUAUGGAAAAGAUGCUUUUGGUGCAAAUCAGCUAGGAUAUUGUUAUUCAAAUGGUAUGGGAACAAAAUCAGACAAGAAAAUUGCUUUUGAAUGGUAUCAAGUAUCCGCGAAAAGAGGACAUCCACAAGGAACAGAGAAUACAGCACAUUUGUAUCCUAUAUAUUAUGGAUAUGCUGAACAAACUCAGAAAAAGGUAUUCGAAAUGUAUCAUAGCAACGCGCAAAUUGGAUAUAUAAAUGGACAAUACCGAACUGGUGUGUGUUAUGCGCGUGGCUAUGGCGUUACGGUGAAUCAUCGAAUCGCCACCUAUUGGUUUAAAAAAUCUGCUGAAGGUGAAAAUGAGUAUGGAGAAUAUGGUGUGAUCACUAAUCUGAGGGAAGGGUUCGGGACAAACGUAGAUGUGCAUGAGGCAAUUCGAUGGUGUCGCAGAUCAUUAAGAAAUGGAAGUCGAUAUGCUGAACGUUCUUUGAAGGAAACUUUCAGAGUCGAAUAG